AGUACCAGAGUCAGGGUUCACUGCAAGACCUGGCUCUGCCCUGCCACGUGGAUGCGGCCAUUAAUUGGGCCGAUCGUAUACUUGUGUUUGCAGGAUGUCAGAUCUGGAAACUCAGCACAGAAACAUCACAAUUCCACCCAGAUGGCAAUUUGACAGACAAAGGUCUUCCCUGCCAACUGAACGCCGCUGUUCAGUGGAGCAUCAAGGGUGCCAUAUUUGUAAAAGGCUUGCAAUUCUGGAAGUUCGAUGAUGUUAUGCUUGGACCCUUUCACACAGAUGACCUUCACCUCUGUUCUUGGUAUUUGUGUGGAGAGGCCGACUGGAUGAUGGAGAGAACGCCCAGUGGCAAAUGUAACGGAGACAGCAGGUUCUGCAGUCUGCGUGUUGAUCAGGUGACACUGGCAGGGCUACACAAUGCUGGUGCCGGUUUUGCUGGCGGAUUUGGUUUGCUCAACUGUUUGUUGAGAAACCACGCGGAGAAUAUAUCCAGGCAGUUAGAGCUUGGAAUUCGUCACCUAGAUAUCGACCCUUGCUACGACACGUGUGGCCUCCUAGGUACGUGUCACACCUUCAUGUGUGGUGGCAGCAUUUGUACCAUUAUAAAACAGCUGCGGACUUUUCUCAGAGACAAUCGGGGAGAAAUUGUGACCAUAAACUUCAACCAUGAAAUCAAGGACCCGGAGAAAGUGUUUCCCCGUCUCACUAAACAAUUACAGACACAAUUGGGACCGAUGCUCAAUGGCCGCUUUCGUGUGAGUGGGGAGAAGAAAUGGCCAACUUUGCGCCAGAGUGUGCGUAGCAACAAACGCGUCUUCAUAUUUUACGCACCGAUCAUCAACCAAAGCCCGCAUAAUCGGCUAUACAAGAGGCACAAGUGGAUUCAUAAUGAAGAUUUCUACGCAAGCACCUGGCGACCAUUUUCUGUUGGCAAUGGAUGCCAAGAAGUCAUCCCUAUUACCAAAGACAGAUGCCAAGUCCGACAGUGGAGAGAACUAGUUGAAGUGUCCAUCGUCCCGGAAUCAGGAGCUUGCAUCUAUAGUAUGGCCGAAAGCUGCAGGAUGUAUCUUCAUGAGGCCCUGAAGGCUUGUGAGCUGUACCGUUUUCAGGUCAACAAGUCACCAAACGUGCUACUUGUCGAUUACCCAGAAGUCGGGAGUCAGGAAGUGACGUCCGUUUUCCACGCUGUCUACCACCAGAAUCUCCGAAACCUGGUCGCCCAUUUGCCGGGAAAAUGUCAGGUCAAAUUGGACGCAGCGGUCAGGAUCCCUGGGUCAGAGACGUCUUUCUUUUUCGUCGGUGAUCAAGUUCUGGUUUACAGCCACAGCAAGAAAUCUCAAGUAGAUUCUAGACCUAUACCAAGUAUAUAUGACGGCCGUGUUGACGCUGCCUACAUGCCAAAAAAUGCCAGCAUACUGAGAAUCAUAAAAGGGUGUGAAAUGUGGCAGGUUGAUGCUGGUAACUUCAGUAAUGUACUGACUCCUCGGUCACAAAUGUCGCCCUGUGUACAGCCUGAUGAUGCUGUAGUUUGGCAAUCCAGACUGUAUAUAUUUAAAGGCUGUUACGCAACUCUGCAAGGUUUGGAACCUAUACCUCUAGCAGAUUGGGGCUUGCCUUGUGACAUCGACGCCGCUUUUAACAACAGGGAUCACAUUGCCAUCUUCAAGGGAAAUGACUACUGGAAAUAUACAGGCCAAGGGAACGCGACCCGCGAUGGAAAGACAUUGGACUGGACAAUUGAUGCAGUCCGGUGUUCCCAUUAA